CUUUAAUAAAUAGAACACCUUAAUUUAGGGGAUCCAACUAUAAAUGGUGACUGAUUCACACUCCGAUCCAGUGGGUGGCGGUAUACCAACCCCAAAUAAAAAAACAAAUAAAAAAGAAGUGUAUUUCCACUGCAAAGCUACCUGGACCUCAGCCCAGGUGAUGAUACGGAUGUCAUUGAUGCUGAAAUGCUGUGAUGCUCUCCACAAAGCACACACAAGCAGCAGAUCACCGGGGAGCCGAUCAGAUAUAGGAGAAGCGAACAGCGAUGAGCACCAGGGUGGCGCAGUCAUCCUGCGACCCAGCGGGGAUGGGUCAACCAGAAGCCCCGGGUCUCGGCUCCGGAGCCCCGGGUCUCGGCUCCGGAGCCCCGGGUCUCGGCUCCGGAGCCCCGGGUCUCGGCUCCGGAGCCUCGGGUCUGGGUCCACAAGGAGUCCCGGAUCUCGGCUCUGGAUGCCCAGAGCGGCCCCAGCUCCUGGUCGCGGUACCCGGUUGCGACCCAAGCCGGGUGAACGACCUGUUGGUGCUCCGGCCUUCCGAGUGGUACCGCUGCCGUGGGUCCACCGCAGAGCUGGACCGGAGCAGUAACGACCAUGUGGUGUUCUUCCAUGGAGAUAUUCAGAACCUCCAGGAGGAGAUGUCCGUCCAGCCGGAGGGGGCCAAGUGGCUGUCCUGGAGCCUGGAGCAGGUGGGCCUCUCCCUGGGCCGGCGGUUUCCGGGCCGCACCGUGUGGGUGGUGCGCGCCUCCAGCAUGUACCUCCACAUGUUCAGCAGCUACCACAACUUUGUGGAGGGCAACCUGUUCGGGGCCCCAGAGCACCGGCCCUACGCCCCCGACUCGGGGGCCUUCCAGCACCUCAGGGGACUGUUGAGUCACGGCAUGCAGCGAGCCGGCCUGCCACACCCUCUUCCACCACCGGGGAGCGGCAGCAACGUGCCACCCGGGUUCUCCUUAACGCUGGUGGGCUUCAGUAAGGGCUGCGUGGUGCUGAACCAGAUGGUGUACGAGAUGGCCGGGGCGCGGGCGGACCCCCGGAUGGCGCCCUUCGUCGAGAGCGUCUCGGACAUCUACUGGCUGGACGGCGGGCACCCGGGAGGGGGCGGGACCUGGGUGACGGACAAGGCGGCGCUGAGGGAGCUGGCGUCCAGCGGCGCGGAGCUUCACGCCCACGUGACACCCUACGAGGUGCGCGACCCCAUGCGGGCCUGGGUGGGGCGCGAGCAUGACGCCUUCGUGAAGACCUUGGUGGAGCUGGGGGCGCGGCUCACCCACCAGGUCCACUUUGAGGACGAGCCCCCCUCCAUAGAGAACCACUUCAGGGUCAUCCAGGAGUUCUGAGAGGGUCUCUUAUUGUUCUUGCUUGGCAACAUGGCCACCAGUGUCACCUCCUCCCUCUGUUUGAGGACUGUUAAGCUGAUCUCAAUGUUAUUUAUACACAUUACCUCGGUCACUUUGGCUUUUUGUGCUGGUCUUGCCUCAGCAUUCCUGUGAUUUUAAGUGUUGUGAGAGCAGACUCGAAAUGCUUGCGUCGUGCACUUUUCCUUUUCCAGUGCUUUAGCGCAGCGGAUUUUUGGAGGGGAUGAAGUCUUAAUUUGUUGUCAAUUGCAAAGUCGCCAAUGGCAGCACCUUUAUAAAUGGCCCAAUCAUUCCAUCAUCUUAUAUAUUGUUUAAAAGGUGGUUUACAGGUGAAGCUGAAGCCUCCGGUCUGUAUGUGUUUGUAUAGAUAUAUAUACAGUAGAGAGUUAUACAGUACAUAUACAUCUCCCACUCAAGUCUCACAGUGGGUGUCUGGCUCACUGCUCAAAGAAGAGAAGGUUGGGUAGAAACCCAGGAAGGAGAACCUAUUGAAUGGCUCUGGAUUUGUUUACGGGUCUUAAAUUACUUAAUAUCUGUUGUCUCGCAAUAAUGCCGCUUGUAUUCAUGGAUAUGCAAGUAUGGCUGGGAUGUAGCCAAGAUGCUUGUUUGCAAAGGGAAGGAAUUGGUUAAGUUUAACUCCAUUGUUUUUCCACAACUAGAUUUUGAAUGCAGUGAAAGCAUCCUUAAAGGGGUGGUUCGGAAUUUUGGGCAUGGGGCCCGAUUCCCAAGUUAGCCUUGGUGUUCUUUAUCAUUGGACACAAUUUAACACAUUUCAUUCAGUCCUUCUAGUUGCAGAGUAACUGGGUAAGAUUGUUUUAUUAGCAGGCUAGUAUUGCCCAUUGCCGUGCGCUAGCUUAGCACAAGCAAACUGCAACUAGAAGGACUGAAUGAAAUGUGUUAAACGGUCUCUAAUAAUAAAGAACACCAAGGCUAACUUGGGAAUCAGGCCCCAUGUCCAAAAUUCCGAACUACGCCUUUAAUAACAUUAAUGUAGCCAAAAAUUGACUCAAUUGUUAAAUCAAUCGGAUGGUGAAUUCUGUUAGCAAGCAUUGCUUUUAUGCACAACUGAAAAGCUUAUUUGACUAAAUGUACCAUACUUGAAACCAUUCCAUUAAUGUUUACCCGCUGUUAAGCCCUUAAGUCAAUCCUAAUAGGAUGUACAGGGUUGGGGCCUGUAACGUCUUUUAAGACCAAGGCUUAACAUGUAUAAAGCUUGUUUGUAUCAAAAUAAAUCGAUUCUGGAAUGUUAAUCGAUGAACUGCUCAGUCUGAGGUCAGAAGCUAUAUUUAGGGGUCCUACGAAAUCCGUAGGAACAAUAUUCUAAUCGUUGGUAUUAUUUUUUCCUGACAAUCGGCCAUAUCUCAAAAACGACAUGGUCAAAAGUUCUGAAAAUUGGCAGGCUUGUAGAACUCGUGUAAUAAGUGAGGGAUAACAAGGAUGGACUGAAUGAACUAUAGGUGGCGCUAUAACAACCCUUUGAGUGAAACGUACUCAACAGGCUGCCAUUUCCACUAGGAAAGUGACAUAUGUAUGAAACUUGUUAGACAUGCACCAUUAGUCAUAAUGAACAACUUUCACGCUGCAACCCAUACGGUCAGACCAUUUGGAUAUAGUGCAGUGACAACUUGACAAAACACAUUAACGCCAUUGGCGCCGAAGGUGGUAAAAGCUGCAAACGCGGCACACAUGUACCAGGUGAGUGUGGGACUAUACAGUGUUAAAUUCAUAGCAAUGAGGCCAAAGACGGCAGAGAUAUACAUUUUAAAAUGAAAUGUAUGCAUAUCUCUGAGGUUUAAACAGCUCUAGCAUUGCUUAAAAAUCACGUAGGCUCUAGGGUUAGGACCCCUUCAUGGUUGCUUGCAACUAUAUUGACAAUUGUAAUUGAGAGAUUGGAGUAUGUCUGCAGGGACUCUCUUGGCAGCAGUGUUGCACAGUGAAAAUAAAGUUGAGCCCAUCAAUGUUUCAAAAACAUUCAUGUCCUUCAUAAAUCAGUUCAGAGUAACAAAGAACACCAGGACACGACUUAGAAGUUCUAAUAAAAUAUUUUAUUGGCUUUUCGGUUAGCUACUUCAUGUCCAAAGAAGCUACCCUUUUAAGCUGGUGGUCCAUCAAACAGUAGAUUUGAUAUACUUUUUUCUUAAAAUCAAUGUUUAAUAUCAAAUCAAUAUGUAUACUUGAACAAAUAAACAUAAGAACAAAAUUCAGAAUAUACACAUUCCUCUAAUAAUUAAAAUUUUUCUUGUGCUUCGCACCGAGUUG